AGGAACUCACCCUCAGCUACUCCUUGACUGCUCUGCACAUCAGUUUAGUAGAAGCCGUCCACUCAAAUGGGAAAGGCUUGAAAUAUACUGAACCUGAGAAGAGCAAGCUUUGAACAUUUAGUAGCCACAAGACUCCUGCAAGAAUGGCCUCUGAAAAAUACCAUGUUUAUGAAGAAUAUCUUGAGUGUGACAACCACAUCUUGGGAAUCUCAGAGCUUCUGCCAGACAAACUAGAUGAUGAACAGCAGCAAAGAUUCACUGAUGAAGAUUACAUGGAGGUGUUGCAGAAUGUGACUGAACUUAAGAGAAAGGAAAAAGAUGGGCAUUGGGAAGAAUUAGCCAAUGAAUAUUUUGUCCACUUUCUGCAUGAAUUCCCUGCUUAGAGAGAAGAGAUUGAAAAGUGCAUCAGAUGCCUUCGGGAAAUGGCAGAUGACAUUGAUGAGACCCAUAAGAAGUGUACUAUUGCCAGCAUAGCUGCCAACUCUACCAGCGCCUCUUCUGGCAUCCUGACCAUCCUGGGACUGACCUUGGCCCCUGUCACAGCAGGCGGGAGUUUACUCCUGACGGCCACCGGCAUUGGCUUAGGAGCAGUGGCGACAGCGACAGGCCUUUCUGCUACUUUAUAUGAGAGUGUUAAUAAUUCAAAUGAAAGGAAAAAAGCCCACGAACUGAUGAACAAAUGUGAGAAAAGUCUAAGAAAGGCAACGUUUCCUGAUAAAAUAGAAUUUGGCUUUGAAUCACCCCCAAACAAUGGAGCUAUGGGUGAAAACGUCAAACAACUUGUUUCCAAUGUUGCCGGUCAAGUUCCUGACUUGUAUAAGGGUGUGAAGGAUAUCAGAACUAAUGUAAAAGCUUGGAAGCAUGUUCGAGCCAAUCCUGGCAUGAAGGCUUUAGCAAAGCGAGUCACAGCUGCAGGGAGCAGAUCCCGGAGUACAAUCAGAGGGGCCAAACAUGUUAAAAAGGCUUUUGCAGGAACCACCCUUGCCAUGACCAAAGGAGCCAGGCUGCUGAGCGCUGCAUCAACUGGGGUGUUUCUCCUGUUUGACGCCUAUGGCAUUGUUCAAGACGCUAAACGUUUGACUGAGGGAGCCAAGGCAGAAAUGGGCACAGAGAUCAGGGAGAAGGCUAGCAAACUAGAAAAAGAACUUCAUCAUCUUGACAAGCUCUACGAGGCACUGAAAGGCAUGCUGUGUGAGUUAAAGUGGCCAAAGAACCGUGCAGCAUAUGUGUGAACUAUGUAAUUCUCUACUGGUUGUAUUCGGUCAAGGUUCGCCAGGCAACUGCUAUUAAAAGAAACAGUCCAUGCAAAAACAACUGCCACCCAAGACUUGAUCCUGGAUGACUGGGUGGAUCUGGCAUAUAUUACUGAGGCUUAUCUGGAUGAGACGGGAUAAAAACAGCUGAGCUCUUCUCAGUAUUGCACCAGCAUAGACUCCAAGGCUGAGGAAAUGGAGUGUCUCAAUUAUACUGAGACCUGACUACUGCAACAUGUUAACUAUGGAGGCUCUUCUAUAACUUCCCCGUGCCUUCAGUUGGACAGGUGGCAAUUGGAGAGAAGGCCUUCUCUGAAGUUACACCCACUGCAAGUUAUGAACCUUUGGACCUGGGGCUAUCUUUGUUAUCUGUCCUGACCAAAUAUUUACCUUUGGUUUUGUGUUGUUAGGUAUUACAAAUUCUUUUUGCACUGAUAUGCUUAGCUGUUUCCAUUUCUUGAUUUAAUUGGUUUAUUUUUGCUGUUUUUAUUACUGCUAAGUUUGGGCGUUCCUGGCUUUUUAUAGCUGUCAUCAUUUUACUACUACUGUACUAUUAUUCAUCCUGUAACAUUGAGGUUGCCCAGAUGAAUAUGUGGCCCUUGGUCUGAAAAAGUUUCCUCACCCUUGGUAGGGGAAAGGGUUCCUUCUGUUUUCACUUCAAAGAGUCACCCAUUAUUUUACAAUUAAUGGCAGAGACAGCAGAGAUUUUGAAUUUAUGUCUGGGCAUAGCAGUAGAGUAGCGGCAAAUUCAGAAGUGCAGGGUCCCUUAUGAUAAGUUACAGCCAUGCCCCCUUCUAAGAUUAUACAACUUUCUAAAAUUAUAGAAUUAUCUGGCUAGGCUUGAAUACUGCUUUCUGCUUCUCUAUCACUGUCACCAUUUGACUGUCCUUUCUCACAGUCAGAUGUAUUGCUUGAAUUACUGAAUACAGUGUCUACACAUUUAUCUCUUGCUGAUACCAAGCUGCUUGAUUAUUUAGAUGGGAUGUUAUCAUCAGGAUUCACUAUUUCUUCUUCUGCAAUUACAGAAUUCUCACUCUCCACAACUUGUCUUAGCUUUUUGUAGUAGAAACUAAUAAAGGCUUGCUUGCGA